CGCAGCUGUGAAAACAAAGUAGCUUCGCAUAUCCUCGUUGAUCGGUUCUGUCCAGGAUGUCGGACCCGCAGCCGGUCCAGGACCCGCAGCCGGUCCAGGAUCCGCAGCCGGUCCAGGACCCGGAGCCGAUCCAACACCCGGAGCCGGUCCAACACCCGCAGCCGGUCCAGGACCCGCAGCCGGUCCAACACCCGCCGCCGGUCCAGGACCCGCCGCCGGUCCAGGACCCGGAGCCGGUCCAGGACCCGCCGCCGGUCGAAGACCGGAUGGAGUAUCUUCGGGAGCUGGAGGAGUUCACCAACAACUGCAAGAAGCAGCUCAACGACAUCUUCGAAUCGCUGGGAUGGUCACCGCACUACAAGCAGGAGCCGAUGGAGCAGUGUCCGUACGACCCCGGCCACCGAGUCCCAGUCCGAACGCUGGAGAAGCACAAAGCCUCCUGCCACCUCAGGAAGAUGGGCUACUCAGCGGAGGAGCAGGCGGAGAUGUACGACACGUCUGUGUGUUACGAGAACAGCAGCGUCAAAAGCUUCACGAUGGACAAGUCGCUGCAGCACCAGGUGAUCCUCCAGGCCAGGUCUGCCGCCCCGCUGAUGAGGAUGGAAGGAGUCUUCUGGCAAGGUCAGUUCUCCGGCCAGCCCGUCGACGUUCCUCAGAACCACAAGCGAGCGUUGUGUGAUCUCACUGUGGCCGACCGAUUGGCUCUGUACGAUCACGUGGUCGGCGUCCUCAGCAAACAGAAAGAAGCCGCCUCCUCCUCUAACGACGAUCUCUACGUCGAUCUGGUGUCCAAACUCCGGAGGGCUGAUGAACAGAACGAGCCGAAGACUCACCUGGAGCUGAUGGCAGAGAUGAGGGACUACAAGAGGAGGCGUCAGUCCUACCGGGCCAAGAACGUCCACAUCACCAAGAAGUCCUACACCGAGGUGAUCAGAGAGGUCAUCAACGUCCACUCACAGGAGCUUUCCAGACAGUGGAGAGAGGACGAGGGGGAGGAGUCAUCCACACGACCUGCCCACUCCUCCCACAGGCGCCGCUUGGAUGAAAGGAGGUCGGCGUCCGCGGAGUCUCACCACUCGCCGAGCAGGAGCCAGCGCAGCCGGGAGCGCAGCCGGGAGCGCAGCCAGGACGGAGAGAGCAAGAGGAAGAGGAAGAAGAAGAGGGACAGGGAUUCCCGUUCCCCCAGUGAGCACCACCACGACCGAAAGAGGAAGAAGAAGAAGAAGAAAGAGGAGAGGGAGAAGGAGAAGAAGAAAGAGGAGAGAGAGAAGGAGAAGUGAUAGUUCCACAUCAGCAACAGCAGACGUCCAAUCAGAGCAGGAGGAAGGUCACUGUGGCCGCUGCAGGUUGAAAAGUGUCAUGAACAUAUUUGUUCUCUCAAACCGACUCCGCCUGCUUCUGCCUGAUUGGCUGAUUGGUUUCCAACAACAGACAAACUUGGAAUGUUGGUCAGCAGUGUCACAGCUGACCCUGGGGUCAAAGGUCACUGUUUGGCUGCGUGUCUGAGGAUUUCCCCACUCAUUAAAAAAACAAUGGAAAUCUUUUCAUGUGAAAUUUGUCUUUUUAAUGUGACUGUGUGAUUUGUGUAAAAGAUGCAGCAGAACCAUAAUCAGCAGUGUCAGUAGUUUCACAUGUGCUGCUUUUCUUUGUCAGAUGAUUCUGUGAAUGUGUAAUAAAGAGUUAAAAAGUG